AUGCCAAACGAGGGUCCUUAUGAAAAUAGGAACAUGUUCCAAAUCAAAGUCUACUUCAUACUUUGGGGUGUAAGAAGCAUCGCUAAUAGCUUGCCGAUUGCAGCCAACCAAAAUCUGGAUGACUGUCCGAAGUCUACAAUGGCACUUAGAACACAAGCUGCCACUAUCUUACCCAUGGACCGGGAUUUUAUCUUAAAGAAAUCUAACAAGAAGGAUGUGGCAAGAUGUGGAGUUCCUGAUGUUGCAGGCUAUAAAAUAAUUCAAACAAAUUUAAAGUGGUCCUCCACAAUCAUAAGUUACCAGAUUUUUAAUUACACUCCAGAUUUACCUCCAGCUGAAGUAGAUAAAGCUAUACAAAAAGCCUUCAGAGUGUGGAGUGAGGUGACUCCGCUUCAAUUCAUCCGGCUUCAGAACGGAACGGCAGACAUUAAGAUAGUCUUUGGUGUGAGAGAACAUGGAGAUUUCUUUCCUUUUGAUGGCCCUUCAGGUGUGCUAGCUCACGCCUUUCCUCCUGGUGACCACAUUGGUGGAGACAUCCAUUUUGAUGAGGAGGAGACAUGGACUGUAAAUGUUUCUGACUACAAUUUGUUUUCUGUGGCUGUACAUGAGAUUGGUCACUCAUUGGGAUUGGAUCACUCUGGAAAUCCUCGGGCUCUUAUGUUUCCCUUCUACACACACUUUAGUUCAGAGGUCUUUACCCUUCCGACUGAUGACAUCCUGGGAAUACAGGAACUGUAUGGCUCCAAACCAUCAAGGAUUAUAAACCCAACAAUCUGUAGUCAGGAGCUUCCUAUGGAUGCCACAGCUCGCUGGGAAGAAAGUGUGAUUACCUUUAAAGACAGAAAAGUAAGGUAUCAUCACCCAAAUGCUCCUGUAUCUAAAUCAUUCUCAACUAAUUCACUUUGGAAAAAUGUUCCAAAUACCAUAGAUGCAGCUUAUAACUCUCCAGGAAAGGAAACUCUUUAUUUAUUCAGUGGAAGGAAGUUCUGGGCUGUCAAUGGAUCUACCUUGUUGAAUGAAGGACCCAGAGAGAUUGAUGAAUUUGGCAUCCCAAAAUAUGUGCAGAAAAUAGAUGCUGCUUUUCAUGAUACAAAGAAAGGAAGAACAUUUCUAUUUGCUGGAGAUCUAUGCUGGAGGUAUGUUGGCAGUAAUCACACAAAGCAGUGA